CAACAGCAAACAAAGGGGUAGAGCAGGAGGACGACUGAAAAGGGGGAGAAAAGUUUUAAAUACCUACCAUCAUGAUUUCUGAUACGUUCAAACUUCGAGAAAAUGCCUCGCACUAAAACACAUUUCACCCCGAACUGUGUUUUGUACUGUUAAGCGCUGGUACAAAAUUCUGCAAAGCGAUUUUAAACCAUUUAGCCUGGUGAGCUAGUUAGCCAUAGCCAACGAAUACAUCAAGACUGAUGCAUCUGAUGGUUUGAGUUGUAGGCUAAAUGUUAGCUACAUUAGCUUCUUCUUUCAUGCCAGUAUGUGAUUCAGAGCAGUUUGGGAUACAUUACGGAAACAACGGUUCGCCGCCUUCGGUCUGCUGGAUGUGACAGCACAAGAGGAAUGGCUGUGGUAUCCACAAGAUAAGCAAUGUGGAAGCAGAGGGACGGGCAACUUAGUCAUCUGUGAAGCAUUGCCUGAGUCACCCCCUUGCCAAAACAGGGGAGUAACUACCAGAAUGAAGAAAAUAAGCCUUAAGACAAUAAGAAAGUCUCUAAAUAUAAAAGGUAAAGAUGAAAACGAGUUUGCGGCACCAUCGACCCUGGCAGCCAGCUUUGCAGCAGACGACUCCCUGUUCGGGGGCUGCUACAGCAAAGACCUGGUCACGAGUGACUUUGACAAUGAGGAGGAGAAAGGCUCCAAGAACCGGUCCAAGAGCGAGAGCCUUAUGGGUACCCUGAAAAGGAGACUGUCUACAAAACAGAAAGUGAAAGUCAAAGGGAGUUCGCCGUCCGUCAGUUCUGUGGACGAUGACACGUUCUCGUCGUCCUCUGCCCCCAUUAGUUUUAGUGACCUGAAGUCGCAGUCCUCGCUGAGGUCGACGUCUUCGCGGAGCCACCACUACAGUCCGACGCCGUGGCCCCUCCGACCGGCCAACUCGGAAGACACGUGCAUGAAGAUGGAGGCCACCGUGAACGCCUUGAUCCACACGUCUGCUGCUAGCCCUGCGCUGAACGGCGUCCGCAAAGACUUCCUCGGAUUUCCCAGAGAUGGUCUCUUUUCAGAGUCGAGCGAUUCGCUGAAGGACGCCGAGCCGCAGAACGGCGACCUUCACUUGGAAAUCGACGAAAAUGUGCCUGUAGUGAUUGGCCUUGCAGCUCAGGACUAUAUUCAGUACACAAUGCCUUUAGAUGACGGCCUGUAUUCUGAGGAAGGGUCUCGCUCUUUCUGCCUGGACAGCACGUCGCCGAUGGAGGUGGGGCCCCAGUCGGACAGGUGCUCCCUGAACGUGGACGUGGACGAGGAGGAGGAGGACCCCAUCGAGCAAGAGCUGAUGUCCCCGGACAUCUUCAUGGAGCCCUCGGUGAACAGACUGCUGCUGAGCACGGCCAGCGUCCUACUGCAACAACAAGGCUCUCAGCUCGAGGCCCCCCUCUCUCCGUUGCUACCUCCGCUUCCAGGCAGCCUCCGUGGCAGGACCUUGCCAGGGUUCAGUGGCACGCACGCUCAGGUCGCCGAGCGGGUCCUGCAGCACCUCAACUUCGACCCCAACACGGCGCCGGGGGUCCGGCGGGUCUACGACGCGGUGCAGAGCAACGGGCCCAUGGUGGUGACCAGCCUGACCACGGAGCUGAAGAAGCUGGCCAGGCAGGGCUGGUACUGGGGGCCGAUCACGCGGUGGGAGGCGGAGGAGAAACUCACCAACCUGGCGGACGGGUCGUUCCUGGUCCGGGACAGCUCAGACGACCGGUACCUGCUCAGCCUCAGCUUCCGCUCCCAGGGUAAGACGCUCCACACUAGAAUAGAACACUCCAAUGGCAGCUUCAGCUUCUACGAGCAGCCGGACGUAGAGGGCCACACGUCCAUCGUGGACCUCAUAGAACACUCGAUCAAGGAUUCUGAAAGUGGAGCCUUCUGCUACUCCAGGUCGCGUCUGCCUGGAUCUGCAACCUACCCCGUCAGACUGACCAACCCCGUGUCCCGGUUUAUGCAAGUGCGGUCCCUGCAGUAUCUCUGCCGAUUUGUCAUUCGACAAUACACACGGAUAGACUUGAUCCAGAAAUUGCCUUUACCGAAUAAAAUGAAAGAUUACUUACAGGAAAAGCACUAUUGAAAAUGGUUGAUACGGUCUUGGAACCAACCAAGACUUGCUUGCUACUUGCACUUUUGGGAUAGAUUUAAAAACAAAGCAGGUUCUAAUGACUUCUAGACAUGUUCUGGUGCCAUUUCUUUUUUGUUUCUUUUUUUUUGUUUUUAAAGAAAAGAUGAAAAGUGAUGUUUGUUUGUGUGUUAGUGAGUAAUGAUGUCCCCCUUCUAGAUUGGAUAGUCAUGUUUUUGGGCAUAACUUAUCAAGUGGCAAAGAAUGUGAUAAAGAGGAUCAAAACAUACUGGAAUAUGUUCUGCAUGUUCAAGAUGAGAAAAGCUUAGAGUGCCAUCCUUUUGGUUGUGAGGAUCUGUAUUUUUUGGACAAUGUAGUCCUUUUUUAUUUGUUUUUGUUUGCAUAAACACAUGCAUAUCCCAAAUAAGGAAACAUGAGAAGCACAGGAAAUGCCCAAGCUUUACUAACUUAAACAUAAUCAGCCGAGGAUGCACACAGGGAAAAUGUCUAAUGCUGUUAUGGGGUUGCUUGUAUGUUUUUUUUCUGUAACUCUUGACACAUUGUUUGUGCACAGAUUCACACAAUCCUCUGGAGUCAUCAUUUCAUUCCCUCUGUCCUCUCCCACGUUGGCUCAGUGGUUUUCAAAGUACCUGCGGUCACCCAGAGUUUUACGCACGGACAAUGCUUCCUCUGUGUGUGUUGUAUGCUGUCUCAAAAAAGCCAUACUUAUAAGCUACAUUAGCUGGCCACACAGGCAGUGCACUUCCAUGUCCACUCAAGUUGACUUUCUACAGGAAGGAUAUCUGAAGCUAAAAUGUAUGUUAAUUGUUGCUUUUUUAAUUUGGUUUUAAUUUGGUUGUUGUAUUUUAUAGCCUCCCUUAUUCCAGGCAGUAGAAUGUGGACCCCAUGACUCCGACCUGUUCUUUUUCUAAAUUUUACUAUUUGAACCUUUUCUCUUUUUUCAAUUCAACGGUACUUUUUGUGUGCUUGAAAAGACAUCUUUAAUUCCCAUAUUCUAAUCAUGUAACUACAUUGUUUCUUUACUUGGAUGACAUUUUGCAUGUAAUCCUUUUUUAAAAACUGUUCAAGUAUUAAGGUGUUGACUUUUGUCACCUGUAGGAGCUCCAAAGAGCUGAAUUUCACCAAAAUACCCCUCAUAUUGCAGAAACAAAAAUGUAUUACCAAUGGUGUUAUUUUUGAAAGUAUUUUUAGUAUCAUCGAGGCACACUUUUAAAAUUCUUGACAGAUCAUUGCAACAACUCCUGGCAGGUAAAGGUUAAGGAGUGCAUAUUGAAAGGGAAGACAAUUCUGUCUUAUUCCAAAAGCUGCGAACACAUUUGCAUCUUGCUUUUCAACUCUAAUUUAAAUGGGUUUGUAUUAAUUGUUUUUUAUUUGGAAAAUGCAUAAAAAGUGUCUCUUGGAAUGAUGUAAGUUGGAAGUCCAACUUUUAGUCUAGGCUCUAUUCAGAUCAUGUAGGUCACAGAAGUUGGACACUACCGUCCAAAUGUUUAAAUUUGUUUGGUCAGCAUGUCAUCUUCAAUGCAUCAUGUUACUGCUUUGACUGGAUGUUCCCAAGGCAAACAUUUGAAAGUAAUCCAUGCCGCGAAUUCCAGUGAUUGAAUACAGUUCUAACCAUGAAUUAUUAUUUUUAUUUUUUUUCAUACAGAAUACAACUGUUAAUGCUUAUUACUUCUGUCACAUCAGAGUCAAUAAUCUGGGUAUUUUCAGAGUGUAGUAUGUUCACUUCUGCGACACAAGUGAAGUUUUAAACAUGUAUCAUGGCUCAUAAGGUAUGAUGGCUAUCUAGCAUGUGGUAAAGGAAGUUUAAACGCUGGCUUUAUUGUACCAUGCAGAACAAAUCACAAUGAAGGUGUCCGUUUCUUAUACUUGUUUUAUGACUGUUCUGACUUUACAUGCAUCAUCACUAUUUUGGCUAAAUGUUCAUAUUCUCCACGGCCAUGUGGAGAUGGUCCGUGACAAGCCAACAUUCCUGUGAUGACAAAAAGGGAAACAGAGCCACAUAACCGGCAAGCCUGGAUACACUGAGCUGGACAGAAAGGGUUUUCAGCAUUUUGAAUGGAAAUGGUGGGGUGAAGGAGAGAUAUUGAUUGACGACAAUGUUUUAAAAGUGAAAUGGGGCCAAUUGCCAUUGUCAGCAUACCUUUUAACCAAGCAUGGCUGCUUUACCUACACUUGGCAGCAAGAAGGAAAAAUGGCACCAAAUGUGUGGUCUGUUUGGUUAUUGAACCUGCUUAGCUAUACAGGCAAUAGAAUAAUAUUUUGAAACCGGUACUGAUCGUAUGCUAUUAAUAUUCUCACUCCGAUGACAAAACACUUGGCUAUUUCCUGUGAGACAGAAAAAGACGUUUACAGGGCUAAGAUAAGACAAAAGUGCAACAGUUUUAAAAGUCAUCAUUACGUACUAAAUAUGUCAUCCCUCUCUCGUUUAAGCUGCUGGUUAAGUCAGUAUUUUAUUAAAGUAUCUAAUUAUAUCCAGCCAGUGCUGUCCAUUUUCUUAUCCUUGGGUAUGGCCAUUAGGGAGAUUUACAUCUGUUCAUACUAAUUAUAUUAUGUUGCUUUGGGCCUUACUUUAUUCAGAUUUUUAUAGACAUGUAUCCACAUUAUCCACAUGUUUGGUACGUUGUAAAAAUUGUAUCAUUUCUCUCCAUAAUUACUGACGGCCUUUGAUAACUUAUGAAUACAGAGAAUGUCAUUUCAAUGUGGUUAGAAUGACUAAGCUUGAAAGUCGCUUAGGUGUGAGCCUCUGUUAAAAAAAAAAAAAAGUAGUAGAGUUGAACUAGUGGUGGCUUGGGUGGUUAUUGAUGCCUAUGGCUGCAGUGAUUUUAUGGUUUUUGGUUCGUUCCAGGUCUUUAGGACGCCCUUCAAGAAUGCAGUAUAAGCAUUCAUGUGCUUUUUCCUGUUUUUGAAGGGCAAGGCUGUAUAACAACCUAUUGCACAUUUUGAAUACAGUGUAAAAGGGUUUUUUGUAUCUGCUGAUACACCAUGUAAAUAAAAGACUUAUUCUGA